GAAUAAACAUUAUUCAAUAUAAUAAAAAGUGAAUAAAAUGGCUAUAAUUAUGUUUUAAUUAUAAGAUAUUGUAAUUUAUAGCUAAAUGCGAAGAAGUUCUUAAUUUUGAAAUGUGUUCCACUAAUAAACUUUCAUAAGAAAGUGCAGUGAUAAGAAUUAAGCGAAUUAGUUAUUAUUAAGACGGAAUAGCGCGCUAAUAAAUCACGCAAACCAUGCUUGCAGAACGGCAAUAGUACAUAAAAAGUUAAAUUAAGGCGCAAAAGGAAGCAUUUUUUUAAAUGCGCUGCGUCUCUUCGUUCCGUUUUGUGCCGCUUUUAGAAAUUGCAGAAGCGCUUGAUAAAAUCAAUGAAGGUCACCUUGAAAUGUCAACUCUCUCUAGCUCUCUAGUGUGUUAUCUUCGUUACGCACCGACACUAAUUUUUUUUUCAUCAUCAACAUUCACCCAUUCGAUAUCACGGCGGUCAAUUGUGCGGAUUUAACAAAAAAAAUUGAAUUUAAUAUUAAUUUCGAUAAUUUGAAAAAAAGGCAUUUAUAAAAGUGUACGUAAGAAUAGGGAGAUAUCUUUUAUAAACGUAAUAAGGAGUCGCCAAAUUAAACAUUUCACAAAACUCUGAUUUAGACUCAAAUUCUUAAGAUGGAGGGGGUAAAAUUUAAGCAACGCUUCAUUGAACGCGGUUCUCACAAGGACAAAGGUCUAGCCAUUUUCACAAGCGGUGGGGACUCUCAAGGAAUGAAUGCUGCCGUUAGAGCUUGUGUUCGAAUGGCCAUAUAUUUAGGUUGUAAAGUCUUUUUUAUACGUGAAGGUUAUCAGGGUAUGGUUGAUGGCGGAAAAAAUAUCGAGGAAGCUAAUUGGUCAUCAGUUUCAUCUAUAAUCCAUCGCGGUGGAACUGUAAUUGGUUCAGCAAGAUGUUCUGAGUUUCGGGAGCGUUCUGGUCGUUUAAGAGCUGCUAAUAAUCUGAUAGAAAAUGGUAUUACAAAUCUGGUCAUAAUUGGAGGUGAUGGCUCGCUGACUGGUGCCAAUCUGUUCCGUCAAGAGUGGCCCUCGCUUUUAAAUGAACUGGAAGCCACGGGAAGUAUUACUCCCGAGCAGAAGGAAAAAAAUAGCAGCUUGCAUAUAGUUGGCAUGGUCGGUUCAAUUGAUAACGAUUUCUGUGGUACUGACAUGACUAUUGGCACCGAUUCUGCUUUACAUCGUAUCAUAGAAGCAAUUGAUGCGAUCGUUAGUACUGCUUACUCGCACCAACGUACAUUCAUUAUGGAAGUAAUGGGGCGUCAUUGCGGUUAUUUGGCUGUUGUAGCUGGAUUGUGUUGUGAAGCUGAUUACAUUUUUGUACCCGAAUAUCCUCCAAAAAACGAUUGGCCAGAACAACUUUGCCAAAAAUUAAUCCAGGAACGUAAUGCAGGUCAACGUUUAAACAUCAUAAUUAUUGCUGAAGGAGCGAUUGACCGUGACGGUAGUUCCAUAACGGCUGAUAUGGUUAAAAAAGUUGUUUGGGACAAAUUAAAACAGGAUACACGUAUUACUGUCUUGGGUCAUGUGCAAAGAGGCGGUAAUCCUAGUGCUUUUGAUCGCGUCCUAGGUUGUCGUAUGGGGGCCGAAGCUGUUUUAGCGUUAAUGGAAGCAAAGGCGGAUUCGGUUCCGGUUGUGGUGUCUCUAGAUGGCAAUCAAGCUGUUCGAGUACCUUUAAUGGAAUGCGUUGAACGCACAAAAGCUGUAGAAAAUGCUAUGAAUAAUAAGGAUUGGGAUUUAGCGGUAAAAUUGCGCGGACGUUCAUUUGAGCGCAAUUUGCAAACCUAUAAAAUGUUGACUCGUUUGAAACCACCAGAGCGCACAAAUCCAGACGAAAGCAGAUGUUUAGCUGUUAUGCAUGUCGGUGCUCCAGCUUGCGGUAUGAACGCGGCUGUUCGCAGUUUUGUACGUAAUUGUAUUUAUCGUGGCGAUAAAGUGUACGGCAUACAUGACGGAGUUGAGGGUUUGAUAGCGGGCAACUUCAAGGAGAUGGGGUGGUCGGAUGUAACUGGAUGGGUUUGUCAAGGUGGUGCUUUCUUAGGUACCAAACGCACUCUGCCUGAAUGUAAAUUUCGUGAUAUAGCUGCUCGUUUGAAAGAGUUCAAAAUUGAAGGUCUGCUGAUUAUCGGCGGUUUUGAAGCUUAUCAUGCUUGCGGUCAAAUUGCCGAUCAACGAUGCACUUAUCCAGAAUUUUGUAUACCUUUGGCCGUAAUACCUUCGACCAUAUCGAAUAAUGUGCCUGGCACCGAAUUUUCCCUGGGUUGUGAUACUGGUCUAAAUGAAAUCACGGAAAUUUGCGAUCGAAUACGUCAAUCUGCCCAGGGCACCAAGCGAAGAGUGUUCGUUAUUGAGACUAUGGGUGGGUAUUGUGGAUACUUGGCCACAAUGGCUGGCUUAGCGGGUGGUGCCGAUGCUGCUUACAUUUUUGAAGAAAAGUUUUCGAUUAAAGAUUUACAGCAGGAUGUCUAUCACAUGGCUUCCAAAAUGGCUGAGGGCGUUCAGAGGGGUUUAAUAUUACGAAAUGAAAAAGCUUCGGACAACUAUAAUACCGAUUUUAUCCAUCGAUUAUUCUCUGAGGAGGGCAAAGGUUUAUUUUCGUGUCGUAUGAACGUGUUGGGUCAUAUGCAACAGGGCGGCUCUCCAACGCCUUUCGAUCGUAAUAUGGGCACUAAAAUGGCGGCCAAAUGUGUUGAAUGGUUUACUGAACAAUUUAAAAAUAGCUUACAACCAGAUGGCAGUAUACACUGUACCGAUAAGGAAUCCGCUUGUCUAUUGGGAAUAAUCAAACGUCAGUAUAAAUUUACACCUUUAGCUGAUUUAAUAGCUGAAACUAAUUUCGAACACCGCAUAUCAAAAAGUCAAUGGUGGUUAAAAUUGCGUCCUCUGUUAAGGAUAUUGGCUAAACACGAUUCCGCCUACGAGGAAGAGGGCUUAUAUAUUACUGUCGAUGAAGAGUGCUCUACCGAUUCGUUGGCAUAAAAUUGCGAUCGCUGACUCCCAGCUGACAAGAAGCUGUUUAAUAUUUUUUGAAUUUUCUUAUUCAUCUACAAUUCAUUUCAAUUGCUUUAUUAAAAAGGUUUCAUUUAAUUUAGCUUUUAAUUAUCAAGAGUAUGUGCGUUAAACAGUGAAACAAAAGAGAAUAAAACUUCUUAAGAUA